AUGGCGCAACCGCCACCCCCGAGACCUUCGGGAUACUUCGAGAAGAAGGGCGAGGUCCAUGAGCUACGGCAGCUUUUACGAGGGGCGUCCGCGGACCGUGAUCAGCAGAAGAAGCGGGAUGCCAUCAAGAAGGUCAUUGCAUACAUGACCCUGGGCAUUGACGUCUCGCCGCUCUUCAGCGAGAUGGUCAUGGCCAGCGCGACUACGGAUCUUGUACAAAAGAAGAUGGUAUAUCUAUAUCUGGUCAACUAUGCUGAGAGCAACUCGGACUUGGCCAUCCUGGCAAUCAACACACUUCAGAAGGAUUGUCGGGAUGACGAUCCGAUGAUCCGUGGGCUGGCUCUUCGGUCUCUAU